AUCGUGACAUCACUUCUCAUCAUCGUCGUGCGCGUCAAAGAAAAAGUUGAAGAACAUGAACUCGCAUCCAAAGUGACUCAGUAUCAGUUUAGAUCAGAAUCCAUAGACUUUGAAAGUUAAGAAAGUUUGAAAGAAACAUCGAAGGUGACUGAAGACGAUGAUCGCCUCUCAUUUAUUGGCGUACUACUUCACGGAGCUGCACCAUGACCACGUUCAGAAAGUGGACAAGUUCCUGUAUCACAUGCGGUUAUCUGAGGAGAACUUGAUGGACGUCUCCAUGCGCUUCAGGAAGGAGAUGGACAAAGGUCUAGGCAGAGACACUAACCCAACUGCGGCCGUCAAGAUGUUGCCCACCUUUGUUCGGUCCACACCUGAUGGAACGGAAACGGGUGACUUCCUGGCCCUGGACUUGGGUGGAACCAAUUUCCGUAUUCUGCUAGUGAAGGUGUCCAGUAAUGGAAAGCAAAAGGUGGAGAUGAAGAACCAAAUCUAUGAAAUUCCAGAGAACAUCAUGAGGGGGCAUGGGACAGAGCUUUUCGAUCACAUAGCUGAAUGCUUGGCCGAUUUCCUGGAAAAAAUGGGCAUCAAAGACAAGAAGCUGCCUCUCGGCUUUACCUUUUCAUUUCCGUGCCAGCAGACCAAAUUGGACGAGAGUUUUCUGGUGUCGUGGACCAAAGGUUUCAAGGCGAGUGGAGUUGAAGGGAAAGACGUCGUAGGUCUUCUUCGAAAAGCCAUUAACAAAAGAGGGGACUUUGACAUUGACAUUGUUGCCGUGAUUAACGACACCGUUGGCACCAUGAUGACGUGCGGCUAUGACGAUCAUCAUUGCGAGAUCGGCCUCAUUGUCGGUACAGGCACCAAUGCUUGCUACAUGGAAGAGAUGCGACACUUGGAGUUGGUGGAUGGAGAUGAGGGUCGCAUGUGUGUGAACAUUGAGUGGGGGGCCUUCGGAGAUGACGGGAGCCUUAACGAUCUGCGCACCGAGUUCGACCGAGAGAUCGACGCGGGCUCCCUCUUUCCAGGCAAACAGCUGUUUGAGAAGAUGAUCAGUGGAAUGUACAUGGGUGAGCUGGUCAGACUUAUUCUGGUGAAGAUGGCCAAAGACGGUCUGUUGUUUCAAGGUCACACCACGCCAGACCUGCUCACCACCGGACAUUUCCAGACCUCAGUCAUCUCUGCCAUUGAAAAUGAAAGGAAUAAUGAAGGUCUGGUGAGUGCGGAGAAGGUGCUGAGAGGCCUGGGGUUGGACCCGUCCCCUGAAGAUUGUGUGGCCACGCAGCGAGUGUGUCAGAUUGUGUCCACGCGUGCCGCUCAUCUUUGUGCCGCCACGCUGGCAGCUGUGCUGAGACAGAUCCGAGACAAUAAAGCCGCAGAGAAGCUGCGCACCACCAUCGGAGUGGAUGGAUCCGUCUACAAAAACCACCCACAGUUUGCUCGGCGACUACACAAGAUGGUGAGGUGGUUGGUGCCAGACUGUGACGUGCGCUUUAUACGCUCUGAGGAUGGCAGCGGUAAAGGCGCCGCCAUGGUUACCGCUGUGGCGUACCGGUUGGCUAAGCAGCAUGCGGAACGUCAGCGCACCCUGGACACCCUGAGGCUCAGCCGCGAUCAGCUCCUGAAAGUGAAGAAAAGGAUGGAGGAAGAGAUGUGCCGAGGUCUGGCGAAAGAAACACACGACAAGGCCACCGUCAAAAUGCUGCCAACGUUUGUCCGCGCCACACCGGAUGGAACAGAGCGUGGUGACUUCUUGGCGCUGGAUCUCGGUGGCACAAACUUCAGGGUACUCUUGGUGCGCGUGCGAAGUGGGAAGAGACGGAGCGUUGAGAUGCAUAACAAGAUCUACGCCAUCCCUCAAGACAUCAUGCAGGGCACCGGAGAGGAGUUAUUUGAUCAUAUAGUGCACUGUAUUGCUGAUUUCCUGGAGUACAUGGGUAUGAAGGGUGCAUCCCUGCCUCUCGGCUUCACCUUUUCGUUCCCCUGUCAUCAGACCAAACUUGAUCAGGGUGUUUUGAUAAAAUGGACGAAAGGCUUCAAGGCCUCAGGCUGUGAGGGAGAGGAUGUGGCCACGCUGCUGAAAGAUGCCAUCCACCGCCAUGAGGAGUUUGAUCUGGAUGUGGUCGCUGUGGUGAAUGACACGGUGGGCACUAUGAUGACGUGUGGCCAUGAAGACCCGCAGUGUGAAGUUGGGCUCAUUGUAGGUACAGGGACUAAUGCAUGCUACAUGGAGGAGAUGUCUAACGUUGAGCUGGUGGAUGGAGACGAGGGCCGUAUGUGUGUAAACAUGGAGUGGGGAGCGUUCGGGGACAGCGGGGAGCUGGAUGACGUGUCCACAGAUUUCGAUCGAGGCGUGGAUGAACAGUCCGCUUACCCAGGCAAACAGCGGUAUGAAAAGAUGAUCAGUGGGAUGUAUCUUGGAGAGGUUGUCAGAAACGUUCUCCUGGAUUUCACCUCCAAAGGUCUGCUGUUUCGCGGCAAACUCUCAGAGAGACUCAAGACCCGUGGUAUUUUCGAGACCAAGUUCCUGUCACAGAUCGAGAGUGAUCGCUUGGCGCUGCGACAGGUCCGUACCAUCCUGCAGCAUCUGGGCUUGACGACCAGCACGUGUGACGACAGUAUUUUAGUGAAGGAGGUGUGCAGUGUGGUCUCCAAACGCGCCGCCCAGUUGUGCGGAGCCGGCCUGGCGGCCGUAGUGGACAAGAUACGUCUGAACCGUAAACUGGAUCAGCUCAAAAUCACUGUUGGAGUGGACGGCACGCUUUAUAAACUCCACCCGCACUUUUCCACCAUCAUGCGGGAAACUUUGAAAGACCUGGCGCCCAACUGUGACGUAACUCUGGUCCAAUCAGAGGACGGCAGUGGCAAAGGUGCCGCACUCAUCACGGCUGUGGCUUGUCGAUUGAGAGAUGCAAAGAAGUAGUGACGCUAACUGAGAUGAAACGAUCGAAUACAGGACGGAAAGCUGAUCUUCCAGAGGUUUUCUCCUAUUGUGAACGACCCUUAUGUGAACAACACUCCUGUUUAUAAGAGAAUGCUUCUUAUUUAUUUGAUUAUUUUCUUGUUUGUUUCGGUUUGGUCUAUUUACAGGGAUAUUUCACCCAAAAGUAAAAAAUUGUAUUCACCUUCAUGUUGUUUCAAACAAGUAUGUCUGUUUAUUAUGAAACAUCUUAAAAAAGAAUGAAAUGUUUUUAAUGAUACAAUGUAUGAAAUAAAAAGGUGUUAACAUUCCUCCUCCUGUUCCACAAUUGUGCUUGGACCAACAUGAUGGUGAGUACGCCUUAAAAAAAUGUUGGGUUAUCGUCCCCCCAGCGUUGGGUCAAAAAGGACGAACGCAACCUGCUAGAUUGUAAUUUAAUCUUUGCUGGGUUGUUUUAACCCAUUGUUGGGUUAAUUUAAUCCAACAGCUGGGUUUGUGUCUUUUUGAGCGAACACUGAGUUGAAAAUAACCCAGCAUUUUUUAUUUCGGGUGUGCACUGUUAAUAAAAUGUUUAAUUGUGGGUCAACCAACCCUUUAAUGUGCUGGUGGGAGCGAGCAAAAAACUUUUGCAAAUCAAGUAAUGUACUUAAAUGUAUACAAUAUACUGUCUGAUAAAAGCAGAAUGAGAUUUUGUUUGUGUGAGCUGUGAAUGGUGUAUUUAUUAGUACGUUCGUAUCUACUGAAUGACCAUAAUUCACUGUUUACUAUAAAGGCUGAUUCUUUAGUGAAGAUGGUUUUUACUUUUUGUGUCUCAUCCUAUAUUGUCCUGGUGCUACAGUAUUGUGCUGAGUUUGAAAUAAUAUAAUUUAGCCUCACGUGCAGUUUUAGCUUUGAUCUAAAGAAAGCUUUGAGAACAAAUCUAACCUGAUGGUCAUGGGUGGGUUUGGAUGUUUACCGUUACGGAGUUUGGUCUUAAAAGCAAAAAUCUGUAUAAAAAUCAGGAAAUGUAAAAGCUGCUGCACAAUUUGGCUACAAAAUGUUUUUCAAUUGCUUUGAUAAAAUGACAGAUAAAAUUAUCUCAGUUUGAUGCAAAAAAAAAAUGCUUUCGAUUCACGCAGUCGCCUUACGCUGUGAAAAACGCAUUAAAUCGCAUCUUUUGUUGCAGCUCUGGUAAAAUGUUUGUUUUUGACAAACGUUGCGAUUUUAUGUUAAUGACGUUGUGAAUAAUGUCAGAAUUUGAGUGGCCUUUAUCCCAGAGCGAAUAUCGAUUACAAAAAUGUCGCAAAAUCUGUAGUAAACAAAUGUUAAUGUCUUUCCAUUUAACUUAUUACUGCCCAAUUCUAAUAAAUUGCUGUAUUUGAAUCUG